AGCGUAAAUGGGUGGGUCACAAUCCAACAUUUUUUACUGUUAUACCCGUUUUCUAAGAGCUCCGGGAAAGAUUCUAUCACGAAGGCGUGAUUUGGCAAAAGCGCCUUUUUUUACUAACCCUUCCAACAUUUUCUGAUUUUCUCCGUUCUUCCCACUUCCCAAUUCCCCCAUUUUCUCUCCCUUUUCCCGGUCCUCUGUUUCUUCGACAAUUUUUCAGUUCGUUACUUCGUUUCGUUGCUUUUAAGGUCAAUGCAAUCUCUUCCCAGAUGGCGAAGCCUUUUGAUUUUGAAGAAUUCAUUAUUAGUUCAAUCAACAGGAAUUGCAUCAACAUCAAUAACCCAUCUCGCUGAUUUCCAUUCUACACGAGUUAGUCAUGACAAAUGGAGGAAUAAAUGGACCUCUGCCAGCCACAAACGUACCCCAGGUCAAAGAAGUAGUCAAACGCCAUCUAAGGAUUAUAUAAAAUACAAAACUCGCCAGAAGCGUGCUGAUGCAAAGAAAGCACUGAAAAAUCUUCUCUUCAACAGUGGAUUCUCCAACGUCUCAUUUGAGGAAACAUAUGUGGAAACAGAUGCAUUAUCUGAUGUAGAUGAGGAAGAGCCUUUGGAAAAGAAAGACCAAUCUAAGUCUUCUCAUGCUGCACGCCGUGCUGCUAAAGCUCAGCAUCGGAGAAUGAAGAGAAAGUGGAGGAGGGAGAAAGAACGUGUGCAUAUAUUUGACCACGAAAAAGUAUUUCAAGAGUCUCUUAGGAAACGAGGGUGUACAUGGUCUUACUGGGAUCCCUUUUUUCAGAGUUCAGCAUCCGGAUUUGACUUCAAGAAACAUUGGGACUGGAGUUAUAGAAGACCCAGAGAGUCAGAUAUCGAAAGCGAGUCAGAGCCUGAUGCUGAGCCUUGCAUUUCUGGCUCAAAUUCUGAGAGACAAGUUCUUGGUUUACCGCUUAGGGGUCCCUUGAAUAUUCAGGAUGUAAAGAAUGCUUUUCGAUUAUCAGCUCUGAAAUGGCAUCCAGAUAAGCAUCAAGGCCCUUCACAGGCAGCAGCAGAAGAGAAAUUUAAACAAUGUGUUGAUGCAUACAAUUCAUUAUGCAGAUCACUAUCGGCAGCUUAGGCUUGAAGUUGUCUCCCUCAGUCUUGGAGAUGUUGAUUGUAGCUUGGUAGGUAGGUUCUUGUCUUCUUGAUACCAAUAAUAAACGGAAAUUAAAUUUUUCCUCCCCUUCUUAAUUUAUUACCCGAGAUAUGUAGUUAGCUAGUUUCUGUUCAUUGACUAUAGAAGAAUGAUUCUUAUUGUAAUUCACCAUUGAAUAAUUAAAAUGACCAAAUUGAUAAGUUUGACCAUUUCUUUUGUCAACCAUUACAUUCUUUUUAGCUUAUUCUCAUUGGAGUUUCUGCAGAAAAUUGACUGAAUAUUUGACACCAAAAACAUCAAGUAAGGUUUUACUAUGUUUACUGUACUACUCCCUCCAUUCCGAAAUAAGUGUCGUUUUAGCAAAAUAGAGAAAUUCUAAAAUAAGUGUCGUUCUCACAUUUCAAUGCACUUUUUGUCAAAAAUUUUCAAAAUUACACUCAAAAGAGUUAAUGUUAUUGGUGAAUAAUUUUAUGAUGGGGUUGGUUGAAAAUAUUCAAGUAAUUUUAUUACUUUAUUUAAGAGUUUCUUAAAUUAUGUGCAAAGUGUAGGAUAACACUUAUUUUAGAAUGGAGGGGUAUAACAGUUUGAUAAAAUUUUCAAAAAAAAAAAAAAACAGUUUGAUAAAUAACAUCCGUUUGAGACUAUUGCGGUUAAGCUAUAUGUACACAUCUCAGAAAUAUGAAAUUCAGACAAGAAAAAGAAAAAAACACAGGAAAUUAACUUGAACUACUCAUUGUUUUCUACCAAAAAGUGCAAUAAAAAUUACUACAAUAAAUGAAUAACAAGAGAUUGGAAGAUCUCUUCUGCCUUGACCGUCGAAGUCAAAAUCCCACAUUACAUUUUCAGUCAAACAGUUACAUCAGAAUCCUGAGCUAAAAGCAAAGCAUUACUACAGAGGACGACACCAUGAAUCCGUAAAUGAAGAUCAAGAACCCAAAAUGCAGAAUCCAAUUCCUCUUAAACUUGCCGAAGUAACUCUCUGGUGGUUCUUGAUAAGGAAUCUCAAACUCGUCGCCGUACUCAUCUAUCACCCCACCACCGCCGGCGGCGCCGCCGCCGCUCCCAAUUUUAAUCCGGAGCUGCCGGAGCCUUUCGGUGGCCAACCCAAGAGUCAAUUUAUGACACCGUCUCUGGUACUUGAACCCAUUGAUGCAUCUGAGCGUCUGAGCCACAGAAACGUAGAAAAUCAAAUGAGCCAAGGAUAAGAACCCAAUGGGUAUCCAGCAAUGCCGGCAUUGAAGCGUCGGCGAGUUAGAUUGAGCUAGAAAGACAAUCCCCAAAAACAGGAAGAACAGCUGGAAUAGCUUCCAGAGUUCCUUCUUCUGGACAUCAACAGCCCUUUUCUUCUCAAGGGUCUUCUCAAAAUGGAGCUGGAUAAUGGUGUUGAGUGCUUGAAGGGCUGUUUCUUUGUGGAUGAGAUGCUGGUGGUGGGAGCUGCCGCCGAUGGUGGCGGCGGUGUUUGUGGGGUCAUAUUCCGCCAUUAAUGGAGAAUGUGGCAUUCAAAUGAGCUGGAUGGUAAAUUUCAAAUUGGGGAAAAAAUGAGAAGUUUCUUUGGCUGGAGUAUAGAUCAGAAGAGAUUGGGAAUUUGAGGUAUCUUUUUGUGUUUGUGGAGGAUUUGGGGGUUUGGAUUUUGGAAGUUAGUUUAGAAUUCCAAGAUAUAUUAGUCUGUACUCUCUGCAACAGACAGUAGAGUAGUAUUUCUAUCUCUGUAUCUUUCUUUUCUCUGAGAUUUGAAUACUCGGAUUUUUUUGGGUCAAAUUACAGUGAAAGAAACAGUGCAACCCUUUCACUCUUUAGUGAGGAAGCAUUGAAGUGACAGCUAAAGCUCUGUUUGUUUAAUACUCUCUCCUCCGAUU